CGAAGAUGGAUGUGAAUCAGCCGAAGCAGGAGCAUCUGCUCGCCCUGAAAGGUGUUAAUACCUUUGCUCUUCCAUCUAUCUCCAAGUCCCAUGGUUUUGUAAAUAGUCUUCAGUGAUGAGAUUAACGAAACCAACAUUGUUUACCAACUUGCCAGUGACAUGUGAAGAUAGAGACCUUCCGGGGGAUCUUUUUAGCCAACUAAUGAAGGAUGAUCCUUCCACAGUUAAAGGAGCAGAGACUUUUAUGUUGGGUGAAAUGUUGACUCUUCCUCAGAAUUUUGGGAAUAUUUUUUUAGGAGAAACGUUUUCAAGCUACAUCAGUGUACAUAAUGACAGUGUGCAAGUUGUUAAGGAUAUUUUAAUUAAGGCUGAUCUUCAGACUAGCUCUCAGCGUUUAAACCUGUCAGCCUCUAAUGCUGCAGUAGCUGAACUUAAGCCUGAUCGUUGCAUUGAUGAUGUGAUUCACCAUGAAGUGAAGGAAAUUGGAACUCACAUCUUAGUCUGUGCAGUUAGCUAUACAACACAAGCUGGAGAGAAGAUGUACUUUCGAAAAUUCUUCAAAUUUCAGGUCCUUAAACCACUUGAUGUGAAGACCAAGUUCUACAAUGCUGAAAGUGACCUCAGUUCUGUGACAGAUGAAGUCUUUUUGGAAGCUCAGAUACAAAAUAUUACAACUACCCCAAUGUACAUGGAAAAAGUUUCACUCGAGCCAUCCAUCAUGUACAAUGUAACUGAACUGAACACCAUCAAUACAGGAGGGGAUGGAUCCUCUACAUUUGGGAAAAUGACCUACUUGCAGCCUAUGGACACAAGGCAAUAUCUAUACUGUCUCAAACCUAAACCUGAAUUUUCUGAGAAAGCUGGGGUCAUCAAAGGAGUCACAGUUAUUGGAAAAUUGGACAUAGUCUGGAAAACAAACUUGGGUGAAAGAGGACGGCUACAAACAAGUCAAUUGCAAAGAAUGGCACCUGGAUAUGGUGAUGUCAGACUUUCCUUGGAGAUGAUCCCAGAUACUGUAAAUCUUGAAGAACCUUUUGAAGUUACAUGUAAAAUAACUAACUGCAGCAGUGAGAGGACAAUGGAUCUGGUACUUGAAAUGUGCAAUACAAAUGCAAUCCACUGGUGUGGAAUUUCAGGAAGACAGCUGGGAAAGUUGAGUCCAAAUUCAUCUUUACAUCUUGCACUGAAGUUAUUGGCUUCUGUGCAAGGUUUACAGAGUAUUUCAGGAUUACGACUAAUGGAUACAUUUUUAAAAAGGACAUAUGAAUAUGAUGAUAUUGCACAAGUAUGCGUGGUCUUUUCGCACUUGAAGCCAGAAAGCUAGAAACUUUAGUGAUGGCGUCCCCUUCCUGUGGUUAACUGUGGAUCAAUAGUUUGGUUUUAAUGAUGAGGAAAGCUAUCACCAUGUUGAUGUGAACCAAAUAUGUAAACUUUUAAAAUUAAGAUUUUGAGCACUUGAGUGGAUUGAAACACUAUCUUGGAUACUAAUUUCAAAUCCAGUGUAGAUUAAUCAGAUGGUAACAGUCUCUGCUUGUUGGAUGUAAAGAUUUUGCACAUAAGUUUGAGCAGUUGCAAUCCAUUUGUUUAUGGCAAUAACCCACUACCUGAAAUUGUUGAUAGAUCAAUGUCAAUGUUGCCUGACCUGCUGAGUACUUCCAGCAUUUUCUGCUUUUAUUCCAUGUGUGUUAUUUGUCACUAAAUUGGUGAUCCCAUGCAGUAAGGCUUUAGAGUGUGGGAAAUCUGAAACUGUCACAACCAUGUAGAAGCAGAGUGCAUUUGCGGUUGGAGCAAAAGGAAAUUCUGGGUCUACGGAGGGAGCCUUUUGUAUCAAGUUGUGCCGUACCUGUCCUGGUAACGUUUCGUACUGACUGCAUCCAAUCUGGUGUGUUCCAUUCCAUGACGCUGAGUAUAAAGGCCACAUUUUUUUUUAAAUGUUUACACAAAAAUGGUUUUAAUAAAGCUUAUUACUUGUAGAAAUAGUUUAAAGUAUCCAUUACUUUUGAAAGAAAAUAUUAGUGUUGUAUUAUUUUCUAUUAGUCAUGAAGGCAGCUUGUGUUCUAAAAUACCAUUGAUUAAACCAUUGUUUUAUUUUAAAGUUGUGACUUUGAUAAUAUUGCAUUCAGUGGGGGAAUUUCAAGUGACUGUCUAUACCUCAUUUACUGUGGGGAAUCAGAGAAUCGUACAGCAGAGAAAUGGGUCCUUUUGGCUCAUCUUGUCCAUGCUGACCGUGAUGCUUAUCUAUGCUAAACCCAUUAGCCUGCAUUAGGCCCAAAUCCUUCUACAUCUUUCCUAUCUUAAGUACCUGUCCAAAUGCCUUAUAAACAUUGUAAUUGUAGCAUCUCUGGCAGCUCAUUCUAGAUAACCACUACCCUCUGUGUAGGAAAACUUAACUGCUCAGAUUUCCUUUAAAUUUCUCCUCCCUCAUCUUAAACCCGUGCCCUCCAGUUCUUGACUCUCCUGUCCCAGGAAAAAGACUAAUUAUCCUAUCUAUGCUCCUCAUAAUUUUGUAAACCUUUAUAAAGGCACUCCAGAGCCUUCUAGUGAGAAUAAACCCAGCCUAUCCACAUAGGUCAAUAGGGUUGUUAAGAAGGCGUAUGGAGUGUUGGCCUUCAUUAGUUGGGGUAUUGAGUUCAAGAGUCGUGAGGUGAUGUUGCAGCUCGAUAGAACUCUGGUCAGACCACACUUGUGUUCAGUUCUGGUCGCCUCAUUAUAGGAAGGAUGUGGAAGCUUUAGAGAGGGUGCAGAGGAGAUUUACCAGGAUGUUGCCUGGAUUGGAGAGCAUGUCUUAUGAGGAUAGGUUGAGUGACCUUAGGGCUUUUCUCUUUGGAAAGGAGGAGGAUGAGAGGUGACUUGAUAGAGGUGUACAAGAUGAUAAGAGGCAUAGAUCGAGUGGACAGUCAGAGACUUUUUCCCAGUGCGACAAUGGCUAACGCAAGGGACAUAAUUUUAAGGUGAUUGGAGGAAGGUAUAAGGGGGAUGUCAGGGGUAAGUUUUUAACACAGUGAGUGGUGGGUGUGUGGAACGCACUGCCUGCAGAGGUUGUGGGGGCAGAUACAUUAGGGACAUUUAAGAGACUUUUAGAUAGACACAUGAAUGAUAGUAAAAUAAGGGGCUAUGUGGGAGGGAAGGGUUAGAUAGAUCUGAGAGCAGGAUAAAAUGUCGGCACAACAUUGUGGGCCGAAGGGCCUGUACUGUGCUGUGGUGUUCUAUCUUCAACUGCUCCUUAUAACCAGAACCCUCCAUUCUGGUGAAUAUCUUCUACACUCUGUUGCUAGCACAUCCUUGUGCUGCAACCAGAGCUGUACACGAUACUCCAAAUGUAGUUUCCAAUGUUUUGUACAGCUGCAACAUGACAUCCCAACUCUUGUAUUCAAUUCCUCAGCCCUAUGAAGGUAAGCAUACCAAAUGCCGCCUUCACUACCCUAUCCAACUGUAUUAUCACUUUCAGCGUGGGCACGUACCACUAGACUUAAGGACAGCUUCAACCCCACUGUGAUAAGACUAUUGAACGGUUCCCUUAUACAAUGAGAUGGACUAUGACCUCACAAUCUACCUUGUUGUGACCUUGCACCUUACUGCACUGCACUUUCUCUGUAGCUGUGACACUUUACUCUCUACUGUUACUGUUUUUACCUGUACUACAUCAAUGCACUCUGUACUAACUCAAUGUAACUGCACUGUGUAAUGAAUUGACCUGUACGAUCAGUAUGCAAGACAAGUUUUUCACUGUACCUCGAUACAAGUGAUAAUAAACCAAUACUAAUACCAAUACUUGCAUCCCAAGAUCCCUCUGCACGUCAACGCUCAUAAGGUCCCUGCUAUUUAUAUACCACAAACGGCCAAUCAGGCGGUGUGGACUUAUGGACUGAAUGAUCUUUGCUUACUCCAUGCUUGUUUUUAACCAAUAUUUCUUUCUUUCCACCUUUAGCUGUAGCCCAAGCAGUUUACUUUGAAGCUUGUCCUGAACUUCAUUUAUAGCCAGAAGUGGAGAAGAACAGUUGGGCAGAAAUUCCAGUUUUGGAAUAUUCACUUUGAGGAAUGCUUGGGAUCUCUUGUCAAUAAUCUAGUUAAAAUUUUGACUUUGGUGAAAAGGGGAACUGAAUCUGUAUUCUACCACGCUUGUGGCACCAUAUCAUUGUCAUUUACUGUCACAUUUAGAUAGUCAUCAAUUGAAUGUUCAUUUUAACUUGUGUGCAAUACUCAGAUCCUUGAAGGUUCCUUGCCGACUUUUGUACUAUUUGCCUUCCAUCCUCCAUUUUCUAUAACCUUCUCAUCCAAACUUCUACUUCCUGUAUCCUAUUCCACACCAUAUCCUGUUCAGCUGGGCACUAGAUGCCUGGACCUCAGAGGUUUCGUGUUGAGAUCCUUUCAUAGCCUUGCUUCAUCUCGCAUCUUCCAGCUCUACAAUCUCUCACCAGAACUUUCCAUUCUUCCCACUCUAAUUUUUAUAUUCUCUGUUCACUCUACUACACACCACAUACUUACUGCUAUCAGCCCCUUUCUACCUCUUAUUUGAACCUCCCUUUAAAUCCCAGUUAUUUGUUUGCACUCUCACCUUGAAACUUUCCCUUUGGCUCAGCAUCAAUUUUUUU